AUGGAACAAAAUAUAAAGUUUAUACUUUUUACAAAAAUUUUUUUGUUUAUACUUUUAAAAUGGAUAUAUUAUUUUUACAUUGACAUGAGCAGCUGUGACAAAUUUUUGGAUGAUAAGCAUUAUUUUGGUAAAAAAUUAGAUAAACGAAUUUAUCGAUUAUUAGGAAAAUGUGAAAAAGGUAUUUUUUCAAAUGUUGAAAAUUUAGAAUUAAAGAUACCAUACGAUACAAAAAAAAAGAACGAAAAAUUACUUACAAUAGAUAAUGAAAAAUGGGACAAAGAAAAAAAAGAAAAAUUAUAUAGAAGCUUAUUGUAUAAGGAAAAAUUAAUUAAGAGUCUUAUGAAAAAUAAAUGUACCAUUUUACAUAAAUCAUAUACCCAUUACGAAAAAAAAAUAAUGAAUGGACUUGAUGAUAAAGCUUUUUUUAAAAAAAUGAUGUUAAUUAAUGAUAAAGAUUACAAAAAAUUAAAACGUAAAAAAUUCAGAUUACGACUUUUUUUACUUUUACUAUUGUUCGUAGUGGUAUUAGUGAUACCUUUAUUAGAUUUAUCAUUUGGGGAAUUUCAAAAUACCGGUAAUUUAUUAAAUAAAUUAUGUGUUUCAUUAGGAUAUACUGGAGAUCCAUCUUCACCUUCCGAACCUGCUGGGGAUGGUUUGAGUAAUUACUUUUCAUCUACAUGUAAAUUGAAGAACCUUACAGGAUUUAAAGUAUUUGGUAUUCUAGUGUAUUGCAUACCUAUCUUAAUAUUGGGUAUUAUACUUAUACGAGGACUUUUUUAUUAUUAUAAAAAUGUUAUAAAGCAUAAAAAAAUUAAGUUCUUAGAAAUGUUCAAUGAAUGGUAA